UUCUAAUUGUGAUGUAAUUGAAUUUCAAUGAUUUCAUCUAUUUAUAAAUUAAAUCAUAUCAAUAUUUAAUUGACAAGGUCAAUGUUAAUUACUCACCUUGAUUAUAAUGUGACUUAUCUAUGGGAAGACACGAGAAGCUCAACAAUUAACUAAUAAAUUAUCAUCGUAAUUCAACAUUAUCCUAAAUAAUUAGUUGAAAAAUAAAUAACAAUCAUCAUUAACAAUCAAUCAAUAAUCAUUUUGACCAGAACAUAAAAUCAUCUUAAUCCAAUUCAGUCAAAAUAAUGACUCGAGACUCGAGAGGUAAACAGUGUUGGUUUAUUAAGACAAUUAAUGUUGGGUAGAAAAAUGAUUUAGUGAUUGAUUAGAUCGUGAUAUGAAUAACUUAAUUGCUGUUCUGUUGAUGAGAAAAAAACAUUGGCUCAAUUGGAGGAAAAGUUAACAUAUGGAAUUACCAUGUUACCAAUAAUCAUCAUUUUCUCUUGAUAAUAUUUUAUUUAUUUUCUUCUUGGUUCAAGGCCUUCAUUCAUUCUGAUUGUUUAUAGUUACUUAAUUGUUGGAGAAGUUUUUCUUUUUUUUUAAAGAUCAUAUUGAAAAGGAAUCGAUAUUAGAAUGGAGUUUUAGGUCACUUUUCCGCUUUCGAAAUUACCGCUUCAACGAACAAAGAUCAAAAUAUUCUGCUCUUGUUUCCAUUGUUUGGACAAAACUUUCGCUUCUUAAAGUGACAUUUAAAAUCUAUUGUUUGUUUAUUCUUGUGUUUCUCAAUUGAAUAACAAUAAUAAUUAGAUUGUGAUGGACAAUCAGUUUAAUUGUGGUCACUUUUCACUAGGGCAUCAAAGUGGUUUCAACGGUUUAUCAACGAUGGAGAUGAAAGUUGAACCUCAAGGCGAAUCGAUAAACAUGAGUGUUAAUGAAAUGACCAGUCGAUCUUCAUUCAAUGGAAUGGUUCUUUCUGGUCAAUCCUCUGGUACUCUUGAGACACAUGGAAAUGGUUCCAAUCAAAUUUCAAUUAGAGAAAAUUGGAUGAAAAUGAAUAAUCGAAUGGAACAAUUAACUUCUAAUGUUACAAAUUCUGUUCGAGCAAAGAUUCAAUCCAAUGAGAGACCAAAACCUCAUAAACCAAUGAAAAGUAAAAUGAGUCUCUUCAAUAAGAGACAGAAAUUUCUCAUGAGGGAGAUAUUCAAUCGGAACAUUGAACCAGUUCCAUUCGAACACUUUACCGACGUUUUCAACGCUUUUAGAGAUAAAGACGCUCAACUUUUUGAUUUUUCGGACUUUUAUACUUGUUACGAAUUCUAUUUACGUUCAUUGAUAGAGGUUGGAAUUCACAAGUUUCGAAAGAGAAAAACUCCCCGAGAAAGAGACAUAAGGGCAGUUAAAGAAGAGUUGGAGAAGCUUAAAAAAGCAAAACGAGAUUACGAUGAUCGAUCAAUGAUGUUCGACCUCAUGUCACAACUCGAGAUGUCCAACAAUUAGAAGGAAAAUAAACUUCGGAUGACAACAUUUCUUAGCUUGUCGUCAUUUUAUAAUAUUAAGUAAAAAUCAAGUACAAAUUAAAAGUGUAAAUUGGAAAUCAA